UCUCGGUCGUAAUCAGCCCUUGAAAAAAGAGAAGCCGAAAUGGAAAAGUGAUUACCCCAUGACAGACGGACAGUUGCGCAGUAAGAGAGACGAGUUUUGGGACACAGCACCAGCUUUCGAAGGUCGCAAGGAGAUUUGGGAUGCCCUCAAGGCUGCUGCGCAUGCUUUCGAGAGCAAUGAUCACGAACUGGCACAAGCAAUCAUUGAUGGUGCAAACAUAACACUACCACAUGGUGCUCUUACAGAAUGUUACGAUGAACUGGGCAACCGGUACCAGCUUCCCGUCUACUGCCUUGCCCCGCCUAUCAACAUGAUAGAGGAGAAGGGUGACCUGGAGACUCUGGAUAUUCCUGAUCCCCCACCCAAUUCAGGGCACGAAUGCCAGCUUCGUUUGCGCCUGUCCACAGGCAAAGACCUCAAACUCAUGGUCCGCAGCAUGGACACAGUGUAUCACAUGAAGAGGCGGCUGCACGCAGUGGAGGGAGUGGAGCCAGGCAGCCAGCGCUGGUUCUUCUCAGGCAGGCCGCUGGCCGACAAAAUGAAACUGGAGGAGCUGAAAAUCCCAAAGGACUACGUGGUGCAAGUCAUCGUGAGCCAGCCCUUAGCAAAUCCCACCCCGGUGGAAAACUGAUUUCUGCUUGUUUAUUGAUUCUUCUUUCCUCCGUCUCUGUCAUGGGGUUUGUUUUCACUGCCCUCUCUUCUUUCUUUUUGUCCUGUUAAUGGAUUGGUUCCAAGAAACGACCAGCAAAAAUUCCAUCUGUGAUGGAGAUCUGCAAAAACAAAACAUAAAAUGUAAACUGGCCUUUGGGGUUUGCCUGAUCUCGUAUUUAACACAACAGCAAGUAGCACAGGGCAAGGGCAAAGGAAGGAGCGGGAAGGAGAACAGAAAAGGGAGGAGGUACAAGGAGUGAGUGAAGAGAUUGUAGUUCACUUAAUACAAAAAUGUUAUAAUUCUUAAAACUGUAGGUGGUGUCCUGAUCUGUGGAGCCAGAGCAAGAGAG